AUGGCCGACAAAACUAUGCCUAUUUUUGUUCCAUCAGAAAAACCUUUGAAAGUAGUAAAGUGGAAAGUUAAACAAGGUGUUUUUGUGUCACAAGGUCAAAUAUUAUUUUUAUACAACGAUUCAUCAGGCAACGGUACGGAUCUGAAGAAAUAUAAAGCCGCACGCGCUGGUACUAUCUCGUCGAUCAAGGUGAAGGAAGGAGACAUUGCAGAGCCUGGAGUGGCUGUAGCAGAGUUAGAAGAAUGUCGCCAUCCUACUGUGAUGAAGGAGAUGUGUGCGGAGUGCGGUGCCGACCUUCGCACAGACGAGGUAUCCAACAGAGACGUCGCCGUCGUUCCUAUGGUGCACUCUGUACCUGAACUCAAGGUGUCUGAAGAAUUGGCACAAAAAUUGGGCCGAGAAGAUGCUGAACGCCUUUUAAAGGACAGGAAGCUAGUAUUACUCGUGGAUCUAGAUCAAACAUUAGUUCAUACCACUAAUGAUAAUAUACCACCUAAUUUAAAGGGAGUCCUACACUUCUUUCUGCGCAGUCCUGGAUGUCCUGGCCGUUGGUGCCACACGCGUCUUCGACCACGCACUAAAGAGUUCCUAGAAUCUGCUUCCAAGAACUAUGAACUUCAUGUCUGCACAUUUGGGGCCCGCCAAUACGCGCACGCCGUCGCAGACUUACUUGACCCUGAGAAAAAGUAUUUUUCUCAUAGAAUUCUUUCUAGGGAUGAGUGCUUCGACGCUAGAACAAAAGCAGCUAAUUUGAAGGCAUUAUUCCCAUGUGGUGAUAAUAUGGUUUGUAUUAUUGACGAUCGUGAAGACGUAUGGCGACACGCGACCAAUCUGAUUCACGUUAGGCCAUACUCAUUCUUUCAAUCAACGGGAGAUAUCAAUGCACCACCACCACCAGUUGACGAAAAGCCGAAAGAUAAACAGCUAGCAAGUGGUAAAAACGGCGCUCAAGUUAACCAAAUGCCUACUCUAGAUGCCGAACCUGAACAAAAAGAUACUUCAAAACAAAAAGAAACUAAGGAUGAUAGUGAUAAUGGUAAAAUUGUUUCUAAAGAGGCAAAAAGUUCUGGUUCAGAAGAGAAGGAAAGUCAAGAGGCUGAUCAAGAAAGUGAUGAGAGGAUAGCGCAAGAACAGGCUGAACCAAAAUGGGUGGAAACCUCUGAUGGACAGAUAGAAGUUGAGGAUCCAGAUGAUUACUUAAUCUACUUAGAUGAUAUACUUAAAAGAAUACAUAAGCAUUUUUAUGACUAUUAUGACAAAAUGGGCAAGAAUCAAAUUCCUGACUUGAAAUCAAUAAUCCCAGAAGUGAAAAGUGAAGUAUUAGCUGGCACAAGUCUCGUUUUUAGUGGCUUAGUGCCGACACACCAACGACUGGAGACGUCAAGGGCGUAUCAAGUUGCAAGGAGUUUAGGAGCUGAAGUUACCCAAGAUUAUUCAGAUAAGACGACACAUCUAGUUGCAGUUAGAGCAGGAACAGCAAAAGUAAAUGCUAGUCGGCGUAUGGGUGAAGGCAAGAACAAAUUACAUGUAGUGACACCAGAGUGGCUAUGGAGCUGUGCUGAACGAUGGGAACGUGUUGAUGAAAGACUAUACCCUUUACAGAGAGGAGGACAGAGCAGUUCUCGUCGACCGCCAGCGCACUGCAGCAGCCCGCCCCCCGCGCCUGCUCCCGUAGCCGCGAUGCGCAAGCGCACACCGUCCGGACGGUUCAUGGACACCAUCAAUCCACUGCUGUCCUUCUCAAGCGAUGAUAUUGCUGACAUGGAUAGAGAAGUGGAAGACAUAUUCAAUGAAUCAGAUGAAAGUUCAUCAGAUGAUGAGAAACCAAGAGAUGAUGACCUGGAUGAUGAAGAGAAUCCUCCUGAAGAUAGAUUGAUAUCCGCUAGUGCGGAAAAUAGCAUGCAAGACAGCUUACAAGAAAGAUUACAACAAGAAGAGGCGACAAAUGACUCUGAAAUGGAUGAUGAACCCAGACCCCGAAAAAGACCACGAAAGUCCCCACCCUCUGAUGAUGAGCCACCAGAUGACGAUGACAGCUCCUGGAACCUCAUGGGCGCGGCGCUAGAGAAAGAACUUCUGGCGCAGGACUGA